AUGUGGCCGACAUGCCGGGGCCUGUUCCGCCACCUCUCUCCCGACCGCGAGCUCUGGGCUCUGGAGGGUAACCGUGCCAAGUUCUGCCGCUACCUGUCCCUGGACGACAAGGACUACUGCUUCCCACACCUGCUGGUCAACGAGAACCUCAACUUGAACCUGGGCCGCGUGGUGGCCGACACCAAGGGCUGCCUGCAGCUGUGCCUGGAGGAGGUGGCCAAUGGGCUGCGCAACCCCGUGGCCAUGGUCCAUGCCCGGGACGGCACCCACCGCUUCUUCGUGGCUGAGCAGGUGGGGCUGGUGUGGGCCUACCUGCCCGACCGCUCGCGGCUAGAGAAGCCCUUCCUGAACAUCAGCCGGGCAGUGCUCACCUCACCCUGGGAGGGCGAUGAGCGCGGCUUCCUGGGCAUCGCCUUCCACCCCAGCUUCCGGCACAACCGCAAGCUCUACGUCUACUACUCGGUGGGGGUCAGCUUCGAUGAGUGGAUCCGCAUCAGCGAGUUCAGGGUCUCUGAGGAUGAUGACAAUGCCGUGGACCACGGCUCUGAGAGGAUAAUCCUGGAGAUCGAAGAACCAGCCUCAAACCACAAUGGGGGCCAGCUUCUCUUUGGGGACGAUGGGUACCUCUACAUCUUUACCGGAGAUGGCGGGAUGGCCGGAGACCCCUUUGGAAAGUUUGGAAAUGCCCAAAACAAGUAUGUUCUGCUUUUGGGUGUGAUCUGUAGCGUGGUGCUGAGCAGACUGGAGCGCGUAAGAGGAAUUCACUGGGGGAAACUACACGCCGUAUCUCCCUCCCGCUGUGACCCCUUCGGGCCCUCCUGGGAAGCCCACGCCCUUGGCCCGCCUGACUCAGGGCUGCCCACGAGGCUUGGUUGUGGGGAGGGGACCCGUUGCCACGGGCCUCGGGACCUGAUCUGGCGAGGCACUUGCCCGCGCAGGCUCACCGCGCUUUCUCGCCCCUCUGUAGACGACGUGCUGCCGAUUUUCGCCUACCCGCACAAGAUGGGCAAGUCGGUCACGGGGGGCUACGUGUACCGGGGCUGUGAGUACCCCAACCUGAACGGCCUCUACAUUUUCGGCGAUUUCAUGAGCGGACGUCUGAUGUCCCUCCAAGAGAACCCGGGGACAGGCCAGUGGCAGUACAGUGAGAUCUGCAUGGGCCAGGGCCAGACCUGCGAGUUCCCAGGCCUCAUCAACAACUACUACCCACACAUCAUCUCCUUCGGAGAGGACGAAGCCGGGGAGCUGUACUUCAUGUCAACGGGCGUGCCAAGUGCGACAGCUGCAUAUGGAGUCGUCUACAAAGUGAUCGACCCCUCCAGACGGGCACCACCCGGCAAGUGUCAGAUCCACCCUGCCCAGGUGAAGGUGAGGAGCCGCCUCGUCCACUUUGUGCCCAAAGAAAAGUUCAUCCGUAGGACGGAGAGCACCCCGCGGCCCCCAGCGCGGCCCACAACGCGCGCACCCACCAAGAAAGAUAUGGUGACCAGAGCGCACCAGGGCCCCUGCCUGGCGUGGGCUGCCAGCCUGGCUGGGAAGCAGCUGACAGAGACCUCCAGGGGCCCCUGCUGCCUGGCAGGUGGCUCUGCUGCCAUCUGCCUGCUGCUCUUGGGCCUCCAGCUGCCCAGGGGUGGUCGAGUGGGCAUCUUCCUAGCAUGCAGGGAACUGCUGAAGUCUCCUCGGACCCGGAUCAACGCCUUGGAUCAGGCUUCCCCUGGGUCUGGGAGGUUCCAGAGACGCCCGAGACUCCGGGAGAGCAGCCUCGGGUGA